CAAUAGUGUUACAAAUACAUAUCCAAACACGGAAAAGCGUACCUUCAAGCCCUUUUCAUCUGUUUUUUUUGGAAGGGAAGCCCUUUUCAUCUCUCCCUUGGCCUUCGCUUCCAGUUUCUCAAUUCGUUUUUAUCACUCCUCAUCCUUUUAUCCAAGUUCAGCUGGAUUGGACUCACAAUUUCAAAAUUUCUAGUGUUUUUCAGCUUAAAUCAUCUACCGCGCUGGUUUUAGUGGGAAAUGAUGUGGGAUGAGUGGUACGAUUUCCAACAGCCUGAAGACCAAGAACAAUCGGACGACGAUUCUCAUGUCAACUUCGAUUUCUUCUCCGUUUUAUCCAAGCCCAAGGAUUAUUACAAAAUAUUAGAAGUGGAUUACGAUGCCUCGGAGGAAGUUAUUCGUUCCAAUUAUAUCCGUCUUGCUUUGAAAUGGCAUCCUGAUAAACAAAAGGAUGAGGAUACUGCUACGUCAAAAUUUCAAGAUAUCAACGAAGCUUAUCAGGUGUUAAGUGAUCCUGUAAAACGGAGCGAAUAUGACAAGAGAGGGAUGCUUUAUUCAUGUGAUAGCAACAUCAUGGACUAUCUCAAUCGUUACAAGAGCCUUAUUUUGACAUGCAAUGGUCUUGGCAUGAAAUGUUCGAUAUGGUGAUUUAUGCAGCAUGCACCACGUCUUUUUGUAUUGAAUAGAUUUAGUGGUCCUCCGCAGCAGGAA